AUGGCGACCUACUCGCGCGGCCCGGGCCGCGGGGCCGCCGCGCGGGGUGGGCGCGCCGCCAUGUCGCUCGCUCGCCGCUCGACUGACUCCCCCCGGGCGCGCAUCGAUCGCCCCGCGCCCCGGUCCCGCUGCGCGCUGGAGAAUAAAAUGGGACUUCCCCCGCCGUACGAGCAGAUCCCGCCAAACCCGGCCCCACCGCCGUCUUACUUCGCCACAGCUCCGCAACCACCUGAAGUGCAACCAAGGACGGUAGUGGUGACUUCAACACCCACAGUAACAACACGAACCACCACAAUCAAGCUAGGCCCGGGACCAACGGGGACCUCAUGCCCUAAUUGCAACAAGCCUAUCGUGACUACAGUUGAAUACGUCUCUAACAACAGAACUCACAUAGUAUCAGCUGGACUAUGUAUUCUUGCCGGUUGUUGCUGCGGUUGUCUCGUGCCCUAUUGCAUGAGAUCAUGCAAGACAGCCAACCAUUACUGUCCCCAGUGUAAAGCUUUCAUAGGCUCUCACGUUCCGUCCUAA